UUAAGCCCAUCCAAACAGGAUCAGCAAACACGACCACACUAUUCUCUUUGCUGGAUUCUACUCUUCCAUAUUCCUUACAUGAUAGAAUUGAUUUAUGAAAAUAAAUCAAAUUACCAUAUAAUUCCUUUUUCUUUUAGGAGAAAUCCCAUUAGUAAACUUUACCACUGAUUUCCCUAUUUCUUUUUUCCUAAACCACAUAAGAAAAGGGUAUUCAUUAAGUAACUUUAUUUAAAUACUCCUAUUAUAAUAAUUCUGGCUAUACCGUUAAUUUCUGAAGAACUCUCCGUCGCCCCUAAAACCCUUUCGCUUUUGUCACCGGCUUGAGUUUUCUCUGCGAAUCCUUACUCUUUUGGUCGAUAGAAGCAGCAUGUUGACAGAUUCAAGCAACUCGUUAAUGCCCAGCAAGGAAGAAUCUUUUCCCCUUAGUGACACUGAACUCGAUUGUCUUGUUGAUGUUGCCAACAAGGCGGUUGAUGCCGCAGGAGCAAUCAUUUUAAAGCACUAUUUAGCUCGUGGCAAUGUGUUCAAGGUUCGCGAUGCUAAUGUUCCAUCAUGGACGAGCAUUGCCGCUGAAGCAGAGAAAGCUAUGAUUUCACAUAUCCUAAAAGAUUUACCUGAUCACAUUGUAUACGGGAAACAAUCUGGAUGGACCAAUUGCAGUGGGACAACAAUUCCUGAGUUUGUUUGGGUUUUGGACCUUAUUAAUGGUGUAGAAGAGCGGCUCUUGCCCACAUUUGGCAUGUCUGUAGCUAUAGUUCACAAUGGUAAACCGGUAAUUGGUUGCAUCAGUAAUCCCAUUACGGGGAUCAAAACCAUUGGGAGGAGGGGGAAGACUACUAGAAACGGAGACCUUGUGAAGACACGAGCAAGUGAGCACCUAGAGCAAGCAUAUGUUGACAUCAAGGACCCCGGUUACAACAAAGAUGCCAAAUACACAUACAACAGGUUGGCGUACAAGGUGGGAGAAACUUUCUUCAACGGAAACUGCAUUGCUUACUCUGAGUUAGCUGCUGGUAUGUUGCAAGUGGUCGUUGAUUGUGCUGUCGAGCCCUAUGGUCUUCUUGGAUUAGUUCCUGUAGUGGAAGGUGCUGGAGGAAUCAUAACUGAUUGGCAAGGGAAUCAACUUUCUUGGCAGCCUUCUGCAACAUCUUCGGUUCCGCGAGAUUCUUUCAAGGUUGUUGCUGCUUCUGACUUAACAACUCACCAACAGAUUAUUUCUGAACUAUCAUAGUAGUUUAAUCAGUUACAGUUCUGUUCAAUAAGUUGAAUCUUUUUUCAAUUAGUUCUAUGGUUUUUUUGUUCAUGAAGUAGGCUGGAUGCGUAGAGAAAGCUAGUUAAGUACUCUUUUUUAUUUAUUUUCCCAAGUUAAGUACUCAUUGUGAGUUUCACUAACAAAAUGAAACAUCAUUCAUGGUGUGAUUAUACAGCCUGUUUAAGACAAAAUAUUACUACCAA